AUGAAGAGCACUCUCCUUACCGCGGCUGUGCUCUUGGGCGCGGCCCAGGCCGAAGUCCACAAGCUGAAGCUCAAGAAGGUUCCCAUCGAGGAGCAACUUAAUUCUGUCCCUAUCGAGCACCAGGUCAGACAGAUUGGCCAGAAGUACAUGGGGGCUCGCCCUGACAGCCAUGCCGAUGCCAUGUUCAACCAGAAGCCCUUCACAAGCACUGGCGAGCACCCCGUCCCCGUGAGCAACUUCAUGAACGCUCAGUACUUCUCCGAGAUCGAGAUUGGAACUCCUCCCCAGACCUUCAAGGUUGUCCUGGACACCGGUAGCUCCAACCUGUGGGUGCCCUCACAGCAGUGCGGCAGCAUUGCAUGCUACUUGCACUCCAAGUACGACUCUUCGUCUUCUUCCACCUACAAGUCCAAUGGCUCCGAGUUCGAGAUCCACUACGGCUCUGGCAGCUUGACUGGCUUCGUAUCCCAGGAUGACGUCUCCAUUGGCGACCUCAAGAUCAAGAAGCAGGACUUUGCCGAGGCUACCAGUGAGCCCGGCCUUGCCUUCGCCUUUGGCCGCUUUGACGGUAUCCUUGGUCUCGGUUACGACACCAUUUCCGUUAACAAAAUCGUCCCCCCUUUCUACAACCUCGUUAAGCAGAAGGCCAUCGACGAGCCUGUCUUCGCCUUCUACCUCGGUGACACCAACGAGGAGGGUGAUGAGAGCGAAGCUACCUUCGGCGGCCUUGAUGACUCUCACUACGAGGGCAAGAUCACUUACAUUCCCCUCCGCCGCAAGGCCUACUGGGAGGUUGACCUCGACGCCAUCACGCUUGGCGAUGAGACCGCUGACCUUGAGGGACACGGCGCCAUCCUUGACACCGGCACUUCCCUGAACGUUCUGCCCUCUGCUCUUGCCGAGCUGCUCAACAAGGAAAUUGGCGCCAAGAAGGGUUACAACGGCCAGUACUCUGUUGAGUGCUCCAAGCGCGACGAGCUUCCCGACAUCACCUUCACCCUUUCUGGCUACAACUUCAGCAUUUCUGCAUACGACUACGUCCUGGAGGUUUCUGGCAGCUGCAUCUCCACCUUCCAGGGCAUGGACUUCCCCGAGCCGGUCGGUCCUCUUGUCAUCCUUGGAGACGCCUUCCUCCGCCGGUGGUACUCCGUUUACGACCUCGGAAAGAACGCCGUUGGUCUGGCCAAGGCCAAGAAAUAA